AUGCAACUAUCCCCCUCCUCCCCGCUCCCCCUCAGAAUAAUCUCCCAUAAUAUCCGUUACGCCACUACUUCCCCCUUCCGCGGCGAAGAACCAUGGCCUACCCGUCUCCCCCUCCUAAUCUCCCAACUCCACCACCUAACCUCCGCCACCCCCUCCAUCCCCUCCAUAAUCUGUCUCCAAGAAGUCCUCCACUCCCAAUUAACCGACAUAAUCACCACCCUCAAUUCCAACCUCCCACCCAAUCUCCACUGGGCCUCCAUAGGUCUCCACCGCGACGACGGACACCUCUCCGGCGAAGCCUCACCAGUCCUCUACCAACCCACCAUCUUUCAUCCACAGACCAACAAUACAACCUGGCUAUCUCCUACCCCCGACAAACCCAGUAAAGGCUGGGAUGCAGCUUGUAUUCGUAUAAUCACCCACGGAAUCUUCAAACACCUCCCCACGGAUAGAGAAAUAGUCUUCAUGUCAACCCAUCUCGACGAUCAAGGUUCAAAAGCUCGUUUCCACUCUGCAGAAAUGAUCAUAAACAUCGUAUCAGAGUAUGUAAAACAGGGGCUACCGGUUGCUUUAGCUGGUGACUUUAAUUCGGAAGUCACCCAGGAGGCUUAUAAACGUCUGGCGGAGGAGGAUAGUGGGGUUGUUGAUGUUAAGAAUUAUGUCGGUUGGGCGGAGACCUACGGUGAACGGAAUACUUACACUGGGUUUGGAUACGAGGGGGAGUCUGAGAAGGUAAUCGACUUUAUUUUUUUAAAUGGCUCGGUAUCAAAACAAGUUCGACAGGGUGAAAACUCUGAAGGAGAGACUUCAGUGGCAAAGAAGGAUUGGAAGGUAACAGGAUACGCCGUCAUGCCCAACAAAUUCAAGGAUAUUGGGGUCUUUGUGAGCGAUCAUAGAGCGGUAGUCGCGGAUCUGGAGUUACAAUGA